AUGAGCGAUUCUGAACACGAAAAUCACUUAGCGAGGGAGGAUGGUCCUAAACCUUAUCCACAAUAUGCCACGCCUGAACUCACUCUGAAACCGAGAAGAGCUGAUCCUAUUGGUUUAGAUUUACCAAGUAUCUCCAAUGUGGACGACAUGAAGGACGAUGAAGGGGACAUAAGAUACGAGGUCACGGAAGAUCCCCAAUACCAUGUUACCAGAGCAUUAUUUAUUGGAAAUUUGCGUCGCCCUCUUAAUGCAAGCAAUUUUCAACAAUUCGUACGAAAAUUGGCCAACAAUAGCAAAGAUAUACCUAUUCGAAUUGACCGAGCUUGGUUAACCAGAUUGAGAACACAUGCAAUUGUUUUGGUGGAUUCCGAGGAAGGAGCUGAAUAUUUAAGGUCACAAAUAAAUGGCUCUAUAUACCCAGACGAAGAAGAGGAAGCCAGGUUAAAAGAAGAGUUUGAAAAUCAAGAGAUUGAACGAUUUGAGGAAGAGACCAGGAGUUACGAGCAUGAUAUGGAGACUGCAAGUGAAGCAGUGAAAGCCAACUUGAAACCGCCGGGAGAGCCUAGGGACUUUAUAACCGAGAGAAUACCUUUGUACGUGGAGUACAUUCCAGUGAAAGCCAUAAACCAAUGGACAUUUGAGGAAGAUAGAGGGCCCAGAGAUGGAAAAUGGAAGUUAGAGUAUGUUAGUAGAAACGAUGAAUUGGUUGCCUCCCACACAUUGUUGAAUGGAGAAUAUAUCCCUCGCUAUGUUCCUCCUAGACGUGGUGGUGGAAGGUAUGGAGGGCCGCCACGAGGCUCUGACCGGUACCGUUAUGGCCCUGAAUCUUAUCGUAGAAGAGGGGGGCCAGGUGUUGGUGGUGGUGGUGGACUAAGAACUGACUCGUACGUUCCUGGUCGCUCCAGUCGAUCAGAAGAACCUAGAAGGACUGAUUCGUACGUUCCAGGAAGCGCUCGAUUCAAUAGCUCUGCCAUUUCUCCUUCAACACCAGAAGCAAAGCCAACGAACCAAAAAUCACUCUUUACUGAGAUAUAUCCAAUCGACAAAGACAAGAUAACAGAGCAAGACGUUGACAAGUGGAUAGAUGCUUUGAAACAAUUACGCAAGGGCAAAAAGAUACACGAAACUCCCGAGGAGAUUUACCUUGGACAAAUUACUCAGCCAGAACAAUUUAUCACUAACAAGUUUGAGCCAACGUUGGAACAAGUUGAAGAGAGUUAUUCUUAUUCCAACAAGCAAAUACCUUUGAAAUCGGAUCCUACUGUUGAUAACUUUAUCAACUUGGUAAUGAGACAUGGGCGCAAAGCAAGGGCGCAGAAGAUUGUCAGUCGUGCAUUCUACAUUGUUCAGAUGAAAUUGCGUAAAGAUCCAAUUCAAGUGUUGAAAGACACUUUGGACAAGUUGGGCCCAUUAGUUACAACCAAAUCUAUUUCCACCGGUGUUGCAAAGAGAAGAAUUGUGCCGAUUCCGUUGAAUGAGAGACAAAGAAACAGGUUUGCUAUAACGUGGAUUUUGGAAGCCUCAAAAAAUAGAAAGUCCAAUGAUUUCGCUGUAAGGUUGGCAGAAGAGUUGAUCAAUGCCCACGAGGGGAAGUCAUCUGGGUAUGACAAGAAAGCUCAAAUGCAUAAGCAGGCAACUCAACAAAGAGCUUAUAUCAGUUUGUAA